AUGUUAUUGGAGGGGUACGGGUCGUCCAGCGAAGACGAUUCGGAUGUCAAAGUUGAAAGGUGUGUUACUGAUGUGGAAAAGGUUGCUCCAAUUGACAAAGAUGAUGCUGUUGCACUAACAUCAACUGGGGUUGGUGGAACUGGAACGAAGAGACUGAAGACUCAGCCAAAGGGAAGAAAGUUGAGAAAACCAGGACAAGAUCCCGCUAACAUGGAUUAUGUGGGUCCAUGGGGUAAAAGCAGCGACUCUAGUGACAACGAAGAGGAGCCUGAAGAGGUCGCAACUCCGAAUGUUACCCAGGAAGUGUCAAUUGCCCUAGAACCUUCAGAAGUCGUUACCACCGAACUUUAUGCGCUGGAUGCGUUCAUGGAGAUUGGAAAGGAUGAGAAAUGUGGAAAAAAUGUGAAGAAUUCCGACUUUUCUAUUCCUAAGAGAGUAGUGUGUGUUUUGAAGGGCCAUACAAAGAGUGUGACCAAGGUGCGGUUCUUCCCAGGUGGAAGAAUGAUCCUUUCAAGCGGAAAUGAUGGCAAGAUUUACUUGUGGAGUCUCAAAACUCGAGAUAUGGUGCGUGGGUAUUUUGGCCAUUCUCAGGCCGUCAAGGACAUUGUUUUCAAUGCCUCUGGCUCCAAGUUCGUUAGCGCAGGUCUAGAUAAGAAAGUGCUACUCUGGGACACCAAGACGGGCGCAAUAUUGCAUAGCUUGAAUCUCGAUGCAAUUCCAAAUGCCAUAAUUUUCAAUCCUAAUAACGAAAAUGAAAUCGUUGUGGGGCUCUUAAGUCGUCGAAUCGAGCACUUCGAUCUCUCACAAUCCAAUUCGCCUAUCCAAAUCUACGAUCACCACUUGGGAGCCAUCAACUCGCUUACAGUGGUUGAUUCCAACAAGAAAUUCAUGUCCACGUCUGACGAUAGAACUAUUAGAUUCUGGGAUUGGCAGAUCAACAUUCCGUGUAAAAUUAUAGCUGAUCCCACUCAGCAUUCCACGCCAUAUGCCGCUGUCCAUCCAACAGAAAGCUUCAUAGCAUUGCAAAUGAUGGAUAAUACUAUCCAGGUUGUUCAAGGAAGCGGGAAAUUCAGAUAUAAUAGAAACAAGACCUUUAAGGGCCAUAGAGUGGCUGGCUACGGAAUUCAAGUCGCCAUAUCUCCAGAUGGGCUGGUAUUGAUGAGUGGAGAUAUAGGAGGAUACAUCUACUUCUGGAAAUGGAGAACUGGCGGUUUCAUCAAGAAAAUGAAGGUGUGUGACUCGCUUAUAUCGUGCAUUGAUGUUUGUUCAAAGGGUCUCGUUGCAGCUGGGGGUAGUGGUGACAUAUAUUACUGUGAAUAA